AUGCCCGCCCUGCAGCGGAGGCGCGACAGUUGCUACCACUGGAGCAGCGACUUCGUGGUGGCGCACGCCAUCUUCGCCGUCGGGUUCGUGACCAUGCCGGUCGCCGUCGUGCACCUCCUCAAGGCUAAGCGGCCCUACUCCGGCCACGCCAUCAUGUUCGCCAUCUUCGCCACCUUCUGCACCACCGUCAGCCUCGUCCUCUGCUGCAGCUUCUACGCCGACCUCAAGCGCCCGCCCUGGCCACGCUGGCUGUCCUCGUCAGCACCGGCACCGUCCACGGGGGCACCACGCGAGCAGCACGGCAGCGAGACUCCGGCGCCACGGACGGUGGCGUCGUCGUCCUCGUCGUCGUCGUUGCAGGAGCUCCCGCGCCCGGUGCGGGAGGUGAGGAGGAUGAUGACGACCCGCGACGAGCUGCGGGCCGCUCUCGCCGCGGACCGCAUACCGAGCUACGUGCACAGGGGAGGCGUCGAUGGCGCCGAUUGCGCGGUGUGCCUCGGCGAGGUGGAGAAAGGGGACGCGGUGCGGCGGAUGCCGGCGUGCCUGCACAUGUUCCACACCGAGUGCAUCGACCAGUGGCUGCGCGACCACGCGACGUGCCCGGUUUGCCGCUGCAGCGUGCUCCAGCUGCUCCCCCCUCCGCCGCCGGAACGGCCACCGGAUCAGGUGGUGCUCAACGUCGACUACUUGUGA